UUCGAGCAUGGCUAUCCUCAGCUUCAAAAUGAGGUCAACAUGGCUACCAAACUUUGAAAGCGUUUGGUCAUUUAACGACUGUUAGAAGAAUGUCGAAGCUAAAUUUUACAAAUAUAGUUUUAGUUAUAUUUUCUCUUUAUAUUAUUAAUUGUUUAUAUGUAUUUUAUAUUCUGUUCAACCCGCCUAGCUGCAUUGGAGAUGGUGUUCGCUGUCUGCGGCCUAAGUACAGGAUGACCGGAAAAUCAAAUGCAGAAAAUCUGAUGGUUUCUUUAUACACAAGUCAUAAAAGUAGAACUUCUUCUGUGACUGAUUUGGAUCAAGUCUGGCAAAGUAGAAAUGUUCUGAAUUAUCAAAAGAACUCCUUCAACAUCAGUCUUCCAAGAAAGACAAGAAGGAAUGGGACAUUGUUUGGUUAUGCAUUUGUCCACCCAGUUGAUCGGUCUCCAUUUGACAGUCAUUCAUCAUCAAUACUCAAAUUUGAAAUUUCACAAUAUUCGAUACCAAAAGACCAAAUCUUUAAUUUGCUGAGUGAAACUAAGACAAAGACAUCACAAGUUCCAAUAACACACAUCAAAGCAAAUAUUAUACUCCACGUUUUGGUCUCUGAUGUUUCAUUUGAGCGAAUGGCAAUACCAGCGGAGAUUUAUCGAUCAUUACAGGUUACUCAAGACGGAUUUUAUUUGCCCAUGCUUCACUAUGACACACUCAGUGCAACUGAAAGAUUUCUAAGGCCUGUCAAUGAAAGCACUAAGAGCGUUGAGGUGCUCUUAGAAUAUAAGCCAGUUUCAAUUGGACGGCUUAGGCUGUGGAUGACCGUUGAGCAGUCACUCAGUCGAAUGAAGGAAUUCGGUUUUACAGAUAAGGAUAUGAACGAGCUGAAAGGAAUUUUCACUGACACCAAUUUGUAUUUCCUUGGACUCACUUUUGCCAUCUCUGUUUUGCAUCUCCUGUUUGAUUUCUUGGCUUUCAAAAAUGACAUCAACUUUUGGAAAAACAAGAAAUCGAUGGAAGGAUUAUCAUUGAGAGUUGUGCUCUGGAGAUGUUGCAGUACAGCAAUAAUAUUUUUGUAUCUUCUGGAUGAGAAGACCAGUUUACUUGUGUUAGUACCAGCCGGAAUCGGGUCAUUGAUAGAAUUUUGGAAGGUGUCAAGGGCAUUAAAAGUUGAAGUCACUUUUGGUGGUGGCAUUUUCCCACGCUUCAAGCUUGGUGAAAAGUCUGCCUCUGAGCAGGAAACAGAAAGCCACGACAGUGAGGCAAUGAAAUAUCUGUCAUUCCUGUUAUAUCCUUUGCUAACUGGAGGAGCAAUUUACUCCUUAAUCUAUUAUCCACAUAAAAGUUGGUACUCAUGGGUUGUUAGAUCUCUUGUCAAUGGUGUAUAUGCUUUUGGAUUUCUGUUCAUGCUACCCCAACUUUUUGUGAAUUACAAGCUGAAGUCAGUUGCACACUUACCUUGGAAGGCAUUCAUGUACAAGGCCUUCAACACUUUUAUUGAUGACAUAUUUGCAUUUAUCAUCACAAUGCCUACAGCUCACAGACUAGCCUGUUUCAGAGAUGAUGUUGUUUUUAUGAUCUACCUUUAUCAGAGAUGGUUAUACCCAAUUGACAAGUCCAGAGUAAAUGAAUUUGGAAUGUCAUAUGAAGAUCAAAAGGAAAAGAAGGAAUAGAUUUUAUUUUACAUUUUUCCCCAAAAAUUUAUUGUAGUCUCUUGAAAAAUUAUUGUUAAGAAAAUUGUUUUGUCUGAUAAUAAUCCAUGAACUUCUUAAGUUGCAAAAAUUGGUGACCU